AUGCUGAUCACUUUUCCGGAUGCUAGUUCUGAAGCAAUGGCAGCGUGUGUAUACCUGCGCUCGGACAACGCUGUGAACUUGCUGAUGGCUAAAGGAAAACUGCCUCCGCUAGAUUCAAAGGUGACGGUGCCGAAGCUUGAGCUCAACGCGAUGACGUUAGGUAUGCGUCUGACUAACUCAGUCAUAUCACAGCUCUCUUCGACUGUGACGAUAUCUCGCGUACUGAUUCUGUCGGAUUCCGAAAUCGCGUUAAACUGGAUCAAGUCUACCCCACGACAUGACGUCGGACCCUUUGUGAAAAAUCGUGUCACGGAAGUUAGGAAAAUCAUGACUUCUCUCGAGAAGUCAGGAUACCAAAUACAAUUCGGUCAUAUUUCGUCAGAAUGGAAUCCUGCUGACUGUGCAACCAGAGGACUCGACAAGCAAUCAUUGUCAAACCAUUUCUGGUGGAAUGGACCAUCUUUCCUACGAAACUCAUCAGAAACCUGGGACAAGACAUACAAGACGGUUACUAUUGAAAAAGCGAUAGGAGAUGAUUUGGAUCCCAUCACUAUAAGUACCUCCUCCGUUACCAACGCCACUUCACUUGCUCCUAGUUGGGACAAGGAUUUAUUCCAUAGGAGGCCGAUCAGAAACAUGUCAGUAGUGAGAAGAAUAGUUGCUUACGUUUGUUGCUUCAUUCGAGUUCUUGCCCAACGAGUGAAUGUCACAAGAAUCUCUCGUAUGAAGCUCUCACGAUUGUUGCGCAUUGGUUUCAACAUCGACUCCAAUUCAAUAAGUGUACUGAGAUGGCCAUUGCGAGUAAGGUACUGGUAA